GCAAUGUAAAAAUAGAGAGAGUGAGUUACCUGAGAAGUGCCGAGAACGUCUCUUGAGUGAUCAAAAUAGAAGGUUAAGAAAAAAAGGUGCUGAAGAACAACGAAAACGUAGAAAAGCGGCUAAUUUGCAGCAAGAAUCAGAAUGGCCUAUAAUAGCAGUAACCAUAAGUCAAACUGACGUUACUACAUCUCAAAAUGAAAAAAAUAGCGGGACAAAUGUUAAUUUGCGACAAAAAUCGGAACAGCCUGUAAUAGCAGUAACCAUAAAUCAAACUGAUGAAAGCAUUGAUAUUAUAUCUUGA